AUGGAAGCAGCUGGCCCAGCACGGGUAGCCCUCGCUUCACCCCACUUUUCCGUUCAUCAAGUCUUGGCGCAUUCUUUGCGCACUACUCUCUCUCGGUCUGGUGGUACCCGGUGCAAUGCGAAAAUAUAUAGUGGCGACCACGCACGGCCGCGCUCUGGCCUUGUCCCUGCAGCGGUUUUCGCAGAGUCGGAGGUGGCUGCGUCCGUGAUGGCUUAUACUCAGGCUGACUUGGUUGCUGCUAUGGCUUCUUUCUACGUCAACUACUGUCAAAGACGAUUCAAACUUAGUCCUCGGUCUCGCAUCUCUCGCACAGUAGACCCGCAGAUACUGUCAACUACCCAGAAAGACAUAGACACAAAAGCUCCACAAACUACGCAGCGAACUCAGACUCCCGAAGACUACCGAGAGCUGUUUAUGGUAGAUCGCUUAACAGGAGGUGCAACGCAUAGAGAAGAAGACCUUCAUAGUGCAGCGGCCGUGCGUUGCAGUUGCUUUUUCUCUCCAGCUCCUCUUCGACUGCGAACCGCCGGCGUCGCCAAGAAGAAGCUCUUCUCCAAGAAAUUGCUUCCUCCAUCUCGAGCAAACAAGGUUUCCAAGAAGUUCAGAGAUGAAAAAAUGCCGAUUUCCAAGCUACAUUUGAUUGCUGAUGAAAACAGUGGGGGUUUCCUAAAUGCGAAGAAAAACGGGAAUCCUAGUGUUGAUUAUGAGCACAAGCAUGAACUGCGUGCUCCGAGUUUGGUUGCUAGGCUUAUGGGUCUUGAAUCCAUGCCUGCCACACGCGAGCAGCCCAAGAAAGCUUCGUUUGCUGAUGUUAGUGACAGUGGAGAGAAGACAAUUGUGAAUAACUGUAGUGGUAAUGAUAGAGAAGAACUGAAUUUGGAGACACAAAAUGGAAAGUCUGAAGCAAGGCCUCAGAAGCUGCAGAAAAUGGGACCGUAUGAGAAGAGGGCAGUGACUAGGUUUGGAGCCGAGGCAUUAAAGUGUUUUGUCGUGCUCGAGAAAGCAUCACCCAAAGCUUGCUUCUCCAGUGAAGAGUCCUAGGAUUUCCUCUGGGAAGAAUGCUUCGCGAAACUCUCGGUUGAUUGGUGCUGCUACUAGAAUUUUAGAACCUGGACUGCAGUCUACGAAUAGAGCAAAAGGUGCCCUCACUUACUCACCUUCGUUUCAAUAUCCUCCGGUGUGUGAGGUUGUGGAAGAUGGAGCAACAGUUCAAUCACCAGAGAUUUCUAAGCAUGCACGUUGUAAUGCUGGUGCGUCCAAUUCUCUGAUAGGCCAAACUUCUUGCAAAAGCUGUGGUAGUUCAGUAGAUGUUGUGGAAUCAUCGUCAAAGGUGGAGGCACAACAACCUGCUUUCCCAUCCUUUGCUUCAAACAUUAUCAAUGGCUCUUCGAUGGUAGCAGAACAAAGUAAGCCGAAGUCAUCCAUAUCCUCCUUUGGGAAAGAAAAGGAUGCAAUUUCUCAGGGAACUCGGAACCAACCUGUAUCAGUUUCUGGUCAAAAGGGAAUACGAUCCCUUGGUGAACCUGUCACAGAAGGGAAGUCUCUACCACCAGAAGGUCUAGCUUCAUGGCAGUUGUUGUCAAAUCAACCAUGCAAACCUCAGAAGGGAGAAGCAUCUUCGAUUACCUCAAAGAAUAGGUCUCAGAUGCAGCAUCGAAUGUCACUAGGAAGAGAAAGGAUUCCACCCAGAUCCAAACUAAAUAGUCUUGAUGGAAGAAGAGACUCAUCUGCUGCCAAUGCUGUUACAGGGACCAAAGACUUUGUUGCCUUGAACCGAAAUCUGAGUGUUCGUUCCCGACCAAGGGUGCUUACCAAAAUGAACGAUUAUAAGUUUGACACAGAGAAGGAAGCCUUUAAUGGAAAAGAUGAUUAUCCAUCACAGCUAAGGACCACGAUACGGAAAAGGAGGAUUAUCAAUGGUAGUGGCCAAGUUGAAAGUAGUGGUUUUGUUGGUUCAACUUCCACAAGACGGGGGAAUUAUCAGUUUGAUGUGCCAACUGGAAAGAGAUUAGGAAAUGGUGUUCAUUUUAUGAACCACACUUCUGCUAGGAAUAAAUUAGCAGGUCA